AUGAAGCUGGGAUGGAACUUACAGACGGGUCUUAGCCGGCAUUUAUCUGCCUGGAAGAAAUGGGAUUAUCCAUCACCCGGAGACUUUACUUUUGGUUUUGCACUUGAAGGGUACCCUCAACUUGUUAUGUGGAAGGGUUCGUAUUUAUUCUAUAGGGGUGGUCCCUGGAAUGGUUUUGGUUUCAGGAAUGGUUUUGGUUUCAGUGGUGCCCCAGAAUAG